UAUUUAUCCCCAUCAGCCGAGUGGAGCAUAAGUUGAGGCGCCGCUGCCAUGAGUCGCAUGCAAGCGAUAACCGCAUCCGUGCGGACCACCAACCGCAUGAACGCCCUGCUCUCGGAAUCGAUGUUGAGCAGGCGGCGGGCCGCCCAAAAUCCGGAGGGCGAGGCGACCGCCGGCGAGGGCGGAGGAGAGCCGCGGAAGGAGAAGCCCAAGAACGACUGGAAGUUCUUCCACACCAACUUCAAUAUGGAACGUGCCCAGAAGAUCAUCGAAGAUUGCAUCGAGGAGCGGCUGCUGUGGGAUCGCUUCAGCCGCAAUUACGACUCUUGGCGGGCUCUGCAGCUGGUCGAAGGUCUGGCGGCCGAGAUACGCGACCGGGUCAAGAAGCUGAACCACAGGCGCCACCGCAUCGUCUGCCUGCUGUCGAUCGUGGAGAAACAGAACCAGGGAGUCUACCAGCGGAUGGUCCAUCUGAUGGACGAGAAGCGGGACAACUUCACCCAGCUGGUCUUCGAAAGACCCACAUACUUCAUGAUCGUGGUUCUGUAUCUGGUCUAUAAGGAUUAGGUGCAAAUCGUCGAGCGCCGCACUUUCUGUUUCUUGUUGACUACUGUUAGGU